AUGGAGGCUCUUUUGCGGCAAUCAAGGACCAUGUGUCCAUUUCUCUCAAAGACAUCUCCCGCCACUCUGCGCUCUCUCUCCACGACCGCCGCUGGUCAUGACGUCUCUCCAGGCGCAGGAAGCAUGUCGAACCUCCAAGUUCUUGGUCGUCGAUGCCCCAUCAUGGGCAAAGCGCUUGCCGUCCAGAGCGCUCGCAUUGGCAACAGCGCUCUUGCGGGUGCCUUUGGCGGUGUUCGUGCUUACCACUCCCGAGUGAACCGCGCCAAGUUGCAUACUUCAACCGUCAAGGAGGCCCAGGCAGUCGAUCUCGAGAAUCUGAGGGCCCAGCAGGCCUCCAUGCCUUUCCCCCACGCCAUCCAGAAGCCCGCAACCGUCAAAAAGACCCAUGCUACGGCUCCACCUUCUGUUGAGGCCUCGCAUUUCGACUACGAGGGCUUUUACCACAAUGAGCUGGACAAGAAGCACAAGGACAAAUCGUACCGCUACUUCAACAACAUCAACCGCCUAGCCAAGGAAUUCCCCCUCGCCCACAAGGAGUCCAAGGAUGAGAAGGUCACUGUGUGGUGUUCCAACGACUACCUCGGUAUGGGACGUAACCCACAAGUUCUCAAGUCCAUGCACGAGACCCUCGACACGUAUGGUGCAGGUGCCGGAGGAACGAGAAACAUCUCAGGUCACAAUCAGCACGCAAUGGGAUUGGAGAGUACGCUUGCAAAACUUCACUCGAAAGAAGCAGCGCUCGUGUUCUCGUCAUGCUACGUUGCAAACGACGCCACACUUGCGACCCUCGGUAGCAAGCUACCCAACUGUGUCAUUCUUUCCGACAGCAUGAACCACGCCUCGAUGAUUCAGGGCAUUCGUCAUUCUGGCGCGAAGAAGAUGGUGUUCAAGCACAAUGACGUAGCCGAUUUAGAGGCUAAACUGCAAUCCAUCCCCGCCGAGUAUCCUAAGAUCAUCGCAUUCGAGAGCGUGUACAGCAUGUGUGGCUCCAUCGGACCCAUUGAAGAAAUUUGUGAUCUCGCGGAAAAGUAUGGCGCAAUCACCUUUUUGGACGAAGUUCACGCCGUUGGCAUGUACGGACCACACGGUGCCGGAGUUGCAGAGCAUCUCGAUUAUGAAGCACACAAAGCGGGCAGACCCCAAGGCACUAUUCAAGAUCGCGUGGACAUAAUCACUGGAACUCUAGGCAAGGCGUAUGGCUGCGUUGGUGGCUACAUUGCCGGUUCCUCCAAGCUCGUGGACACCAUCAGGUCACUCGCACCUGGGUUCAUUUUCACAACUUCGCUCCCACCCGCGACCAUGGCAGGCGCCAAGGCCGCCAUAGAGUACCAGGCCAACUACCAGGGAGACCGACGUCUCCAGCAAUUGCAUACGCGGGCUGUGAAAGACGCGCUGGAUGCAAAGGACAUCCCUGUGAUACCCAACCCAAGCCAUAUCAUCCCAGUCCUUGUUGGAAACGCAGAAACUGCGCGGAAGGCCUCGGAUCUCCUCCUUGAAGAUUGGGAUAUCUAUGUUCAGGCUAUCAACUAUCCUACCGUGCCUGUCGGUCAGGAACGUUUGCGCAUCACACCUACACCAGGUCACGUACGCGAAUAUCGCGAGCACUUGGUGAAGGCUUUGGAUGCCGUCUGGACGCAGUUGGAUAUCAAGCGUACAAGCGAAUGGGCCGCCGAAGGGGGUUUCAUUGGUGUUGGUGAGGCAGGAAAGGUGACAGAGCCUCCUUUGUGGACAGACGAGCAGCUCGGACUUGACACCGUUUUCAAAGAGUUGCAGGCAGGCCAAGGCGCGACUGGCGUGCUUGAGGCUAUUCUCGAGAACGAGCGCAAGGCUACGGCUCAGGCUGUAGCUGCUGCUGCUUAG